AUGAAAGAUCCUUUUGUGAACGACUCUGGUAUCGAUUCUCCCACAAGAGAUAGUUUAAGAAAUGUCGAAGGAUGUUAUAAUAAGAAUAUUUUUAAAGGCAAAUCUUUUGCCAAUUCACGCCGUGCCUUGCAGUCGGGGGCUGAAAAGAUCUCACGGACAUUUAAGAGCGUUAGAAACACCUUCGGGAAUUUGUCACAGCAUUUCAGACUUAGUGGUAGACGUAGACAUAGGCUGACGGAGGCAGGCUCUCCAUGCCGAGUCCCAACCACUCCUGUAACUAAGAAAAAACUGAUAUCGGGUAGAAGUCCAACUAAGCUGUACAGUCCCUUUGGAAUAGAAACACCUCAUAACCGUGACUUCAGGAUGUCUCCUUACAUGCCAGACACUCCAGAGCAUGGAAUAUCUCCAAAACGACGCAAAAGUGUAACGCACUCUUGGCAUAUUUUGGCGAAAAAGCGACCGCGGGCGCUUUUCCCG